UUGUUGCUUUGAUUUUUCAAAUAUUUUGUUAUUACAUUCAUAAUUGUUAUCUUUGAUCCGUUGAAUCCACGUUAAUCUGGAUGAUUUAAAUCUAGAACUGUAAAAAACGACGAGUGAAACGAAGAAAUCAGUGCGAGAUUAUACUUUCCGGAAGGUUAUGUUUGCACCUGUUCUUCUACCUGUUGGUGAUGGCACUUGUUUUCGAGGGGGUGUGAACCGGUGUGUGAAAAAGGGCUUUGCUUGAAAUGUUAAUUUGCUUCUAAGCAAAUACGGUUUUUUUAGCGGUGCAUUAAGAUAAUAUUUAUUAAGAAAGUGAUGUCUUCGUCGUGGAGAAAAGUCGAGAAUGAAAAUGGUUUUCCCUUUUAUGUUAAUGAACUUGAUAAUACAAAGCAGUGGGAUAAUCCGAAAUAUACUGAAAUUCAGCAAAGAAUAGAUGAUUGUAAUUUCAUAAAAUAUGCUAAUUAUCGUGUCGCUUCAAAAAUCCAAGCCAUUCAACAAUCUUUGUAUUUAAAUGAAGUUUCACUGGUGAUUAUUAGUGGUGUGUUUGAGAAGCACAGGCUAGGUAUAACAGAAGGAACAUUAUGUUUGGAGAGCUGUGAUUUGGAAGCUGUGUUAUCUGACAUAUACUUUGCUACAAAGAACCAAAAUCAUUUAAACUUUGAUGUGGAUUUUAUAUGUGAAUUGGCACUUAACUUCUUCUACAACAUCUAUGACAAGGAGAGGAAAUUCAAUAUAGAUGUGACGUCAAUUAAGUUAGUGUUGGCUUUAAUGAGUGGCUGCCCAUUAUUGGAAUUGUAUAAAUUUAUUUUUAAUCUCUGCUGUGAUCACAACAACUGCGUCACUCGCAUGAAACUGCAAACGGUGAUGACGAAGAUGACAAAGUUGACCGAAUACCUGAACGAAAGUCUGAACUUUGGUACUCAAUUAGUAGCAUCGGCUGUCGAGCAUUGCUUCAACAGCACACCUGGAUUUGUCGGUGUUAACGAAUCCACCUUCAUUGGGUGGCUCGAGUCAACACCUGCAAUCUUAACCUGGCUUCCAAUUGUGCACCGACUGAAUGCCGCACAGAAUGUGUUCCACAAUGCGAAAUGUUCGGUGUGCAAGAUCUCGCCCAUCAAAGGGCUUAAAUACAGAUGCGGCAAAUGUUUCAGAUAUACCCAAUGCCAAAGGUGCUUUUUCCAGGGUCGCGUCAGCCAUACCCACAAGAUCUACCACUCCAUGAAGGAGUACUGUGGUCAGGCGAUCGAUCUGAAGAGGAGACUGUGCCAGUUCAUGGGAUGUCAUAAAUAUGACGACAGUAUAGUCGGCGUAGCCGAUGCUAAACUAUUCCGAGAUCUAGUCAAAGAUGAAGUCAAUAUGGAGCCGCAGGAACCGCCCCUGAAUCAAUUGCAGCUCAUCAUUAGACAACUUGAGAUGCAGAACAGAGACUUACAGCAAGUGCUGCUUCUUGGAAAUAGAACUGAAAAGGAUAUGAAACGUUAUUUAGAAGAGCAUAGGCUUCACGUCAGCACGCAAAUCUCCAAAUUGAAAGUUCUCAAAGAACAUUUAAACUCGAAACCAACACUUCCAUGCGUUACGAAUAGCCAAUUGGAAUCGACGCCGAUGCCGCAAAACGGAAGAUCAGGAAGCCGAGCUUUGAAAGAUUUGGAAUUUUUCAGUCCCAUAUCCAGUAAACCGGAGAUUAAAGAACCGGAAGCGAGACUUUCGAAAAUACCAUCCUUCAAUUUAGAUAAAUCAUGUAAAGAGUACAACAGCAGCAUGCCUUAUUCGAUAAAAGAUAUCAGCACGUGGAUAGGAGGCAACAAUCCAACGAACUCCGAUUGUUUAGCUGAGAAAUCACCACCCGUACAAACUGAUCUCGACGAUGCAUUGAUAAAAUUGCAACAAAUACUGGCCAACAACUUUUCUUUGGAUGAAUCAUUGGGAAAUGUUGAUAAUUUUCAAUUGAAGAAUGCUGUGACAGAAGUAGAAGGAAUGUUGUCUUCGAUAAUUGACAAUGUUGAAUGUAACAAACUCGGCACCAACGUCAUUGACAAUUUCGAUUUCAGUUGAAGUUCUUUUCUGUUCUCAAUCUUUUGUGCGCUUCGGUUAUAAGAUUAAAUACAACCAACGACUCUUAAGAUUCUAUGCUGCAAUAAUACAUUUUAUUUGUUUACUUUGGACCAAAUAUGCUUUAGUUUAUUUAGAGAGGAUUAUAGUUAUAUGGAAAUUCUAUGAAAAUAUAUUUUUUUAUAUAUAUAUAUAUA